UGAAGUGGCAUAUCUUGAAGAGAAGACAGUCAGAAGAGAAGAUAGGCAACAUAUAAUAGAAUACACGUAUCUUAAUCUCACCAAACCAAGUGUAAAUUGCCGUUUGGCAUAAAAAAUGCCGAAAACCGUUGGCGAUACAUUAAUUGGUGUCCUUAAUGAUUUGGGAAUGACUAAACUGAAGUGGUUCAGACAUAAACUCUGUGAACGCAAGCAGGAGCCAAAAAUUCGCAGGGGCAAUGUUGAAAAUUUGGACCCAAUAGACUUGGCAGACCUUCUGACCCGUACUUUCACUGAAAACGGGGCUUUGGAUGUGGCUAUAGAGGUAUUGAGGGAAAUUGACUGCCAUGACGGCGCAAAGGAACUGACGGAUUUCAAGAAAGCUCAAGAAUCUUGGGUAAUGUCGGGUGCUGCUAAGGGAAGUGCACCUGGACCAAAUAACAUGAUCAAAGACAAACACUUUGUGGACCAUCACCGGACGGCCCUGAUCGACAGAGUGAGCCAGGUGGCACCCAUCUUGGAUAGGCUCCUGGAGAGGGGAGUCAUCAACUCAAAUGCCUACAGUGACGUGAGGGCUGAAAAAACCAAACAGAACAGGAUGAGGGAGCUCAUAGAUGUCCCUCUGAAAGCAUCUGGGUCCAAAGGCAAAGAUGUGUUCUUAGAUAUCCUUAUGGAACAGGAGCCAUACCUAAUCAGUGAACUGAAGGGGGAAUAAUGGGGAUAGGGGCCACUUGAUUUUUUUUUUUGUGCAAGGGACAAACAUUUGAUGAUAAUAAUGCACUCUGUUUUACAGUAUAUUCUUAAAUUGGGAAAAUGAAUUCUGUCCAAAGUCUGCAAAAAAAUGUAAAACAAAUUAUAUUGACCGCUGUUUUUUUUAUUUUCAUGAGCAAAUACUGUGUCGUGAAUUCUAAUCAUCUAGCUGUUUUGAACUCAACAAUAGAAAACAAACAUGUAGUAACAUUGUGUUAUGUAGCCUAUACAAAUGAGUGCAUCUGUGCUUUGGCUACGUAGUUUCUUAAACAUAAACAAGCAUACGGCCAUUUGAAUGUAAAUGUCUGCUUAACAUAAGAGAUCCAUUGAUAGCCUGGUCUCAGAUCUGUUUGUCUCGUCAAUUAAUUAUCAUUGUCGGCAUGACAAGGAGCAUCGAGGACUGGCAUGAUGGCACAAACCGACUGAUAACCAAGUGUAUUUUUUAGUUGCAUUAGAGUUUCCAUUGGACACAUUCAGGUAUGUCCCUCCGUUUUGUUCCGUCUGCUUUUGUUUGCAUCAGUUUCUUCUGUUUGGUUUCGUUUGGUUCCUAGUUAGUGAAUACAUGCUACCAUCCAUAUAUGGCUGUCUAUAGAAGUAGGUGGGACAAUCAUCUAUCUUGCAAAUGCCGUGUUCACGUGCUGAUCGGAACUAGGAAACUGACAUUUACGACUAGCUAACUGGUUGUAGUUAUUCACAUUCCGCAUUCAACCAGUUCGCAAGUUGGAAAUGUCAGUUUCCUAGUUUUGACUAGCAUGUGAACGUGGCAUUAGCCUGUUUUUAAAUGUUCCAAAGUAUUCUUCCUUUCACAACAUGUUAUUUUAGUUUGCUUGUGUGCCAAUGCUUUGUUUGAACAAAACAAAUGAACAUAAGAGUACCACAGUAUGAGUCAUAAUACCCAUAAAACCUAAUGGUCAAACAGGGAAAUGGUUCCAAUUGUUUUUCCCCUAUUCACUUUUCCCAUAGGGGAUUUUAGUAGCACUUAAAAUAAGGGAUGUAUUUCAUGUAGGCUUACUCUGGCGUGACGUUUUGAUAACCGUGUAAAUAUCUCUAAGGACAAGAUGACUUUAAUCAAUAUAUUCGCCUGUAUUUACCCCCACAAAAUGAAAUGCUAAUUAGCUGCUAAUAUGGCUAUCAUAAAGAACUGCAAAUGCCAUGACGAUCUGAACAAGACUGCUGAAUCGAGACAAUGGGAAUAAUGUUAGCUGAAUGUAGUAAUGUAAAAUAAUGUAAAAUUCUUUAAAUUAACAAUUCUGUGAACUGUCUUGUGCAAGUUUUAAAUUGACACAGGACCUGUUAGCAAUGGUGUUAGCUAGAUAUGACGUGCAGGAGCUGGCAGGGAUUUGUAGUCUUGCGUGAGGUCUACUUUGAUGCGAAUUAGCAUUUCUAAAACUGAGAGUAUAUAGAGCCAAAAAAAAAACGUGGG